AUGACAACCCUGCAAACGGCCCGUCCUCCAGUUCAAACAGGCCGUCAAGCUGUGCAGUAUCCUACAAAGGUGACUAUAGAUGCACGGGCACUGUUCCAGAUCAUGUCGCAUGCGCUGCGACGCAAGCCGGAUCAGCCCCGCGUUAUCGGGACCCUGGUUGGCACUCGUAGCGACGAUGGAAACGAGGUUGAGGUGAAAAGCGCCUACAUUGUGCCUAUUGACGAAUCCGAAGACCAAGUCGAUAUUAAUAUUGAGUACCACAAGGAGAUGUUCCAGCUGGUUCGCCGUGUGAACCCUGAGUCGGUCAUUUUGGGCUGGUACGCUACCUCGACCAAGCUCGACAACCUUUCUGCCCUGAUCCAUGACUUUUACUCUCAGGAGCAUGGCACCUAUCCUCACCCUGCAGUUUACGUUACUGUUCCCACAACUGAAGUCUCUGAUAUCGAGGUUCGUUCCUUCAUUUCUUCUCCCAUCCGUCUUCCUGGUGAUGUUGGUUUGGGCAACUGCAUUUUCUUGCCUAUCCAGAACGAGGUCGUUUACACCGACACCGACAACAGUGCCAUGACUGUUGUGAACAAGGCUGCGUCGUCGCGCAUGCGCAAUGCUGAAGUAUUCAGCGACAUCGCCAACCUUGAUCAGACGAUUGCCGAACUCAUUGAGAGCAUCGACAAGGUCCAGACCUAUGUCCGCAAAGUGCUCAACGGCAAAUCCGAGGCGUCUGUCGCCGUUGGCAAAUACUUAUACCGCACAUUGACCCUGCUGCCGAUGCUGUCGAACUUGACUAUUGAAGAGCUAUACGAAUCGUACUUGGAGAAUGUUUUGGCGGUCGUUCAUCUCACUCAGGCAGUAAAGACCCAGCUCGAGCUCACUAGCGAACUGACGCCUUUGGUUUAG